GAUAACUAGAUAGUUUUCGUCCAACGUUUUCUAAUGAUCUACUUAUUCCUUUUAUCUCAUCUUCAUCAAAUCAGAUGUCGAACAGAACAUUUGUUUACAUUUUGGCUCUGGCUUGCUAGAUUUUGACCCAUCUGAAGUGAGAAGAGAGAAAGUGUUCGAAUUCAGCAGCAGUCCCACGACUUCGACAUUAUUGAGCGUGGGAGCUUUGAAUCUAAGAUGGUAAGACAAAUAGAGGUUGUUCAAGUAAAAAGACACUAAAAAUAAUAAGAGUUCCAAUAUUUUUUUACUAAAACGAAUAUAAACUGUAAUUAUCUAAUAAGUAUAUUUGAAAAAUAUUAAUGUAUUUUCAAAGAAAACAAUAACUAUUAUUAUAGUUAAUAAACAAAAUUUGUUUUAUGAAAAAAAAAAAGUGACCAAUGAGGAGAGGGAUCAGAUGGUAAGACAAAGGAGAGCGCUCAAUUGUCGUAACAGGCGGAGCGAAACGCUCUUCUCUCAUAAAGCGAGAAUAUUUACCACUCAUCAUAUCCCCUUUCACUUGCCUGAAGGAUCAUGUUUUUACUCUAACCCACCCAAAGCCUUUUUAUACCCAAACAAUAGUGUCCUCAACUUCACUUCUUACCGAUGUGGGACGUUUCUCCGUUCCUCCCUUAUACUCAACUUAAAUUAAAAAAAAAACCUAACUUCAAAAUCUCAAGAAUAUACAAUGACUACUACCACCAUCUCUCAGCAUGAUUUCUAUGGCGAUGAUGGAGGAGAUUCCGAAACUUCCAUCUCUGUAUCUGUUAUCGAGAAUAUGAAGGAAGAGUAUGGUUUGUUCGUUUGGCCUUGUAGCGUCAUCCUCGCCGAGUACGUCUGGCAAGAGCGAUCUCGAUUUCGUGGCUCUUCAGUUCUCGAGCUAGGAGCUGGCACUUCUUUACCCGGUUUAGUAGCUGCUAAGGUUGGAGCUAAUGUCACCCUUACCGAUGACUCAAGCAAAACAGAGGUUUUGGAGAAUAUGACAAGAGUUUGUGAGCUUAACAAUCUCAACUGUAAUGUAAUGGGUCUCACUUGGGGAGUGUGGGAUGCAACCAUAUUUGAUCUGCGGCCUAACAUUAUACUUGGAGCAGAUGUUCUAUAUGAUUCAAGUGCGUUCGAUGAUCUCUUUGCCACCGUCUCUUUCCUGCUUCAAAAUUCUCCAGAUGCAGUUUUUAUCACCACGUAUCAUAACAGGAGCGGGCAUCAUCUAAUCGAAUUCCUCAUGGUGAAAUGGGGUCUGAAGUGCGUUAAACUUGUGGAUGGCUUCUCUUUUUUGCCAUCUCGCAAGGCAUCUUUACUGAGCGGCAACAUUCAGCUGGUUGAGAUCGUAUUGAGUUCUGGAAAAUCAGCAUUCUAAGGCUGCAAAAAUAUGAGCCAGAGGAGGUCAAAGGAAAUAUCGAUAUUGAACUAAUGGUUGAGCUUGUCUCAUUUGGCUGAGAAAGAAGGAGGAUCGAUUGGGUAAAGAAGAUUAUGAAUCACAACGAUUGGUGAAAAUGGUUUCUAAUUGUGUCAAAGCAAGGAUAAAAGAUCACAGAUACGAUUGAAUUGGUACCUAAUAAGCCUAACAAUACAUUUCACGACCAGUUUGCUACAAUUGUAUUUGAAUUUUCUCAAAGUCCAUUUGUUCUCAAGGAACACGAGCACACUAACGCAUCUUUUUGUUCAUUUUAUUAUUUCGAAGUUGUUUAAAACAUGACAAUACUAAUUGUUUGAUGAUGUUGUCUUGUUCAAGUUUCGAACUCAUUUUCUAGAUUGUUGUUUCUGGUA